CUCGGCGCCUCGUCACCUGACGAUGUCGCCGGGUUCGUGCGUGGCCUCGCAGCCGACCCGUCCGGAUCCGACGGGCCGCUCGUCACGUACGCCUACGGCGUGUUCCACCAGAAAAACAUGGAGAUCACCGCUGCAUACCGCGACACCACCGCGGAGUCCUACAAGGCCGAGAUUCGCGCCGUCGACUUUGCCAAGGGUGAUAGGGAGAAGAUCCGGGAGGAGAUCAACAAGUGGGUGGCGGCUGCGACGAACAAUCUGAUAUCGGAGAUCCUCCCGGAGGGGUACCUGACUUGCCGGUCCAGGUUUGUGCUGACCAACGCCAUCUACUUCAAGGGCGUGUGGGAGAACCUCUUUCCCGUGCGCCUCACUGAGGACCGCGAGUUCCAUCGCCUAGGCGAGGCCGCCGCCGUCGAAGUCCCCUUCAUGACCUUCGGGCCCGGAGAACGCAGCCUCUUCCUCUCCUACGACAAAGGCUUCAAGGUGCUUAGGCUCCCUUACAGGAACAGCGACGCCUCCACCUCUGCAUUUUCUAUGUGCGUCUUCCUCCCUAACGAGCUCAACGGGCUACGCGCCAUGGUCGACGCUCUGGCCGCUGGAGGCUCCAUGCUGGACCACGUGCCAAAGUACCGUAGCAAGGUGAGGAGGGUCCUGCUGCCCAAGUUCAAGCUCUCCUUCUUCACCAGCCUUGUCGGAGUGCUCAAAAGCCUGGGGCUAGUUGAGGCCUUCACAGAGGCAGCCGACCUGUCCGGCUUGGUGGAGCAGCACAUCUGCGACGUGCGCCUGGACGAGGUGUUCCACAAGGCGGUGGUCGAGGUGAACGAGGAGGGCACUGUGGCCGCCGCCUGCACCGCGGUGGGCGGACGCGUGAAGCAGUCGGCGAGAAAGGAGACCUCGAAGGAGUUCAUCGCCGACCACCCGUUCGCGUUCUACAUAUUGGAGGAGGUCUCUGGAGCCGUGGUCUUCGCCGGUCAUGUCCUUGACCCUUCUACUAGCUCACACUAGUUAAUUAGCGUUAUGCCUCACGGUCGAAUCUUGUGUUCUGCUACAUU